AGUAAGUUAUCCAUAGCACCGAACUAUUUUGACCAUUUUGGCAAGAAUCUUGAAGACCAGAGGGCAUCAAAGAAUCGAGAAAGACCAUAUAGGAAAGAGCGUAUUUCUGCAUAAAGUGUACACAAAAAGAGCGAAAAACCCCUUUUCUCCUUCCCGGACGAAGCGUAAGGAAUAUUUAUUUGUAUGUACGAGUUUUAGCGCUGUGCCGAGAGAUUCAUUGUUAAUUAGGCCAUUAUCAUGUGGCCGUUGUAUUUUCUAUUCAACAAGAUUCUUAAGAUCGACGAAGAAGAACCACAAGUAUCGGAUGGAGAUCGUUUGAGUUUGGUAGAAUUACACCACAAUGCGAGCUUGCCGCGCUCUUACUUUGUUGAAGUCCCUCACAUAAACCAGCAGCAUUCUUGGGAUUGUGGCCUUGCUUGUGUUCUGAUGGUUUUGAGAACUCUUGGCAUUAGCUCCUGCAAUUUUCAGGCGUUGGCAGAGCUAUGCUGCACAACGAGCAUUUGGACCGUUGAUCUCGCAUAUCUAUUGCAUAAGUAUCUUGUUAAGUUUUCCUUCUUCACAGUAACUGUUGGAGCAAAUCCAAGCUAUUCUGUUGAAACAUUUUACCAGGAGCAGUUACCUAAUGAUCUGGUGCGAGUGGAUAUGCUAUUUCAAAAGGCACUGGAAGCUGGGAUUAAAAUACAGUGCAGGUCAAUCAGUGGUGAAGAAAUUUCAUUCUUGAUUUUGUCUGGGAAGUAUAUUGCAAUUGCAUUAGUCGACCAAUACAAGUUGAGUCAGUCUUGGCCUGAGAAUUUAAGUUUUCCUGACUUAUUUGCCAGCAACUCUGGCUACACUGGUCAUUAUGUCGUGAUUUGUGGCUAUGACACUGAUGCAGAUGAGUUCGAGAUUAGAGAUCCUGCAAGUUCCAGCAAACAUAAGAGAGUCUCGUCGAAGUGCCUAGAAGAAGCACGGAAAUGCUUUGGUACUGAUGAGGAUCUUCUUUUGAUAUCUUUGGAGAAGAGUGAAAAACAAAACAGCCCUUCAGUGCAACUUCCUUCAGAAGUCAAUAUAGAUUUAUGAUUUUUUUCCUUGGAUCUCCUUAGCUUAUUGAAUCAAUUCUUUGCAUAUAUGCCAACUUGUUUGUGUAUAGUUUGUACAUUAAGGAAUAAUGGCUUGAGUAUCACAGUAUUCACCACAUAUGGUAUCCACUCGGGGAUUGCAUAUAUCGAUCCUCUGUACAAUUUUUAUACAAAUCAAAUAUGAAAUGUAUAAUAGCAUGUUAUAUUUACUGAUUUUUAUUGUAAACUCUGUAUUUGCCGCCCAAAAUGCUGGAAAAUGGCAAUUGUAUUGCCUUCCUGUA